CUCGCACGUGGCCCUCUCGGCCCCGCCUCCAGCCGGUACCCGGGCAGUGGGCGCGCCAUGGAGACCGGGUGCUGGCUGCUCGGCGGCGAUUUCGAGGACUCGGUGUUCGAAGAGAGGCGGGAGCGGCGGCCUGGUUUGCCCGCGUCCUACCGCGCCAAGCGCUGCGAGCCGCAGUGGUUUUGUGAAGAAAUGGGGUGCACUGAUGAUGCUGAAACUCUAACUAUGAAGAAAUUCAAAGGGGACCUGGCCUACAGACGGCAAGAGUAUCAGAAAGCACUACAGGAGUAUUCCAGCGUCUCUGAAAAAUUGCCAUCUACAAAUUUUGCCAUGAAAAGGGAUAUCCAGGAAGGCCAGGCUCGGUGUCUAGUUCACCUGGGAAGGCACCUGGAAGCACUGGAGAUUGCUGCAAACUUGGAAAAUAAAGCAACUAACACAGACCAUUUAACCACUGUGCUCUACCUCCAGUUUGCUAUUUGUUCAAGUUUGCAGAAUUUGGAGAAAACAAUUUUCUGCCUACAAAAACUGAUUUCUUUGCAUCCUCUUGAUCCUUGGAGCUGGGGCAGAUUGGCAGAGGCUUACCUGCAUCUGGGGCCAGCUCUUUCAGCAUCGUGUCUGACAUCUCAGACCCAGAACCAUCUCACCUCAAGUGACAAAACUGUCAAAUCCUCCUUUCCACACUCAGGAAAAGACAGUCUUUUGGGAUUCCCUGAAAUGCUGCCUGAGAGCUCUGUGUUUUCUCUGGGACCAAGUGGCAAUAGUAACCAGAAGAGUGGGAAAGCUCUUAAAAAUAUCCAAAACUGUAUGGCAGAAAAGAGAGAAGCGGUAUUGCUAGAGACUCAGAUGAAAGCAUGCGCCUCUUUUAUACGAACCAGGCUUUUGCUUCAGCUCACCCAGUCUCAGCAAACAUCAUUUGCUUUGGAGAGGAACUUAAGGACUCAGCAGGAAAUUGAAGAUAAGAUGAAACAGUUCAGCUUCAGAGAAGACACUUUGCUGUUGAUAGCUGAGGUUAUGGGAGAAGAUAUCAUCCCAGAAAAAAUAAAAGAUGAGGUUCACACAGAGGCGAAGUGUGUUGGUUCUGCAGCCCUGACUACCUUGGUGAUUGCAUCUUCAAAAGAAUUUGAAGACAAGUGGUUUGGAAAGAUCAAAUACCAGUCCUGUCCCUUUGAAAAUGAGUUCCAUUCAGAGAUACAAAUCUUGGCUUAGUUGUCCCUUUAAAAAUAAAACAUCUUGCACUAUA